AUGAUAUCAUCCGUUCAUGCUCAAAUCUUCUCAUCUUCCGAUCAUAAUAUUUAUUUUAAAACAGUUCAUAUGAUCCCGCAUAGUCAUUGGGAUGUUGGUUGGUUGAAAACAAAAAAGUCCUACUAUGAGGAGGAUGUAAAGCCUAUCAUUGAAGGCGUUUUGGAAGCUCUUGAAAAAAAUCCAAAAAGGAAAUUUAUUUUUGUUGAGAUGAGUUUUAUUAAUUAUUGGUGGGACGAGGCAAAGCCUCAUUGGAGAGAUUUAUUUAUCAAGUUUUUAAAAGAGAAGAGAAUAGAAUUUUCAUUGGCUGGAAUGACCAUGUCCGAUGAAGCUGCUAACACUUACACUUCGGUGAUACACACGUUAACGAGAGGUCAUCAAUUUGUUAUGGACACGUUCGACAGCCAAAUUGACAGCCAAACAAACGGUGGUGUCAAGACAUUUGUGCCACAUACUUCAUUCAGAAUUGAUCCGUUUGGAAGUACCACCACCAUGUCACGUCUCUAUGCCGAAUCGGGACUAAAUGAUACCGUAAUCAUGAGAAUUCCUCAAACCAUACAAACAGAGAUGAGAAAUUCAAAGAAAAUGUCUUUCAGUUGGAAAUUAUCUGACGGAUCUACAGUUUAUUCAAACAUUUUGGAUUAUCAAUAUUGCGUACGACCACUAUUUUUUGAUAAUGAGCAAGGAGCAAUUGCAUACGUCGAUGAGGAUGAAGCUGCUGAAAUUUUGCAUGAACAAAUUAUGAAAUAUUCACUCGGAUUUAAACAAAGUGACAUUAUGAUUCCUGCUGGCUGCGAUUUUACAUUUAAAUAUGCCAAAAAUCGGUUCGAGUUAAUUGAGAAGGCCAUUCGAGGCAUUGAAAAGAAUUCAACCAAGUAUCCAUACAAGAUCCAAUAUUCUUUGCUGAGUGAAUAUAUGGAAGCCUCCAAGCCACAAACUGAUCCGCAAAAUAUUGUCGAUUAUGAUUUCAUGCCAUACGCAGAUGGACCUUCAGCAUUUUGGACAGGAUAUUACACUUCAUAUCCCAUUUUGAAACAAUCAAUUAGAGUAGCAGAAAGCUUUUUCAGAACCUCCAAAACAUUGUUUGCCAUUUCUGUUCCAUUCGUGAGGGAGGAGGAGAAAAGCUCAUAUAUUUCUGAGGGCUUUCGUAAUCUGGAUGUUUUGGCUGUGGCAAUGGCUGAUGUGACUCACCACGAUGCAAUCACAGGUACUUCCAAAUUUGAUGUCACACAAGAUUAUAUUCAAAGUCUAUCCGAUGGAGUUUCUUCCGCAAAGAAAACUCUCUUCAAAGCUCUUAGCACUUUACUAACGAGUCGAAUCUCGAAAGGUGACAUGCUCCUUGAAAAUUAUGGAGCUUUGCUAUCUCAAACUUUUUCAUUCAAGACUUUCCUUGAGACACUCGAAAAGUUAGUGACAAAAAGAAUCAGGGAUUACUCGGUACCAAUUGCAGUCUAUAACAGUCUUGGUUGGGCAAUAUAUAAUCAUGUUUCUGUCAUUAAUGUUGACGAUGCGGUAGUAGAUAUUGCAGCUCAGACUUGUUUUUAUGACCAAAGUGGAAAACCAUUGAAAUCCCAAAUUGUUCGAUCCUUGUUGGAUCAGAAUGAUCAAGAUUUGCAUUUAAUCAUUCCUUAUGUACCAGCUCUUGGUUAUACCUUAGCCUUUGCCAAACCAUGUAAAGAUGUUGUACAGAAUGACAUGCAAGAAACAACUAUAGAUAUUGAUGACAAGAAGGGUUACACAGUCACCAAUGGUAAAACAUCAUUAACAUUCUGUCAACAUUCGCAAAUAGGAGGAGUCACAUUGUGUUCUGUGCAAAAGUCUGAUAAGAAGUAUGACCUUUCACAACAACUCAUGUACUAUGAAAGUGACAGCUCAUCCUAUUACUCUCAACACAGUGGAGCUUACAUUUUUGUUCCAAAAGCACAAAAUCCAAAACCUCUCAUCACUUCAUCCACUCCAAAGAAAAUAACAAUCACCAAAAAGGCCACUCGUGGUAUUUUCACACAAGUCAGCCAAGACAUUGCUGCCAAUGUCAAACAAUACGUGAGAAUUUAUGAGCCCGAGGUUGCCCAACAACAAGGUUUUGAUUUUGAAUACAUCUAUGUUGUGGGACCUUUAGAUUUAGAUCAAGAGCUUAUUACACGUUUUGAUGCAUCUGCAUUUAUUACAUCUGGUGAAACUUUUUAUUGUGACAAGAAUGGUUUGGAAACAGUGAAGGUAUCUCGAAAAUCCAAGGUCGAAGCGACCUACAUGCCCAUGGUCUACAAUUGUUAUAUUCGAGAUGAAACUAGAAAUACUCAGCUUACAUUAUUUGUUACUGAAACUCAUGGUGCUGCUAGCAUUCACAAUGGUCAACUCGAAAUUAUGCUUCAUAGAAGAACUUCUAGUGACGAUGGUCGAGGUGUCGAUCAAAUGGUGAAUGACGAUUCUGUCAUUGCUUUGAAUAUUAAGGUUCGCAUUGAUCAAGGUCUCAAGAAAGCACCUGACUUGAGAGGAAUUGCUUUUCCUAAAGAAACUCUCAUGAAUAAUUAUCCACCCUUCUUGGCUCCAUUCGCUAAAGACUUUUACACUCCCAUUUCUUACUAUAAUGAUGAUGGAGAGGCUGUUAUUAAUGUGGAAUCUGCUUCAAAACUUGUUGAAGAGUUCUCUGCCCUCAAUCGACCAUUGAGUGACAACCUUCAUUUGACAAAUUUAGAUAUUGUGUUGAAUAGAAAGAGUUUUGAUGCAAGUGACGCUAAAGCACUUGUUCAAUUACAACAUUUGGGAACGAAUGAAGGAAAGGAAACUCUCACCAUUCGAACCAUGUUUAUCAAGGAACUUGUCGAUAAGAAAGUCCUCACUCUGGAUGAAACGAACUUGUCAACAUCGAAAAAGAUUUCACAAGGAAGGACUUCAGAUUUCUUCUCAAUAGAACCAUUCACAUUCAAGACAUUCUUAUUUAAGCAAGGAAAGGCGACACCAAAUUAUGAUUUUAAGGAACAAGAUCAAGCAUUGGAAUGGACCUUCUCAUUGGGCUUGUUGUUGGCUUCUGUGGUGGUACUUGUGUUCUUGUCCUUGUUGGGAAUUUAUUUUGUGUAUCGACAAGCGCGAGAUUCGUAUACCAUCAUUGAACAACAGGAUAAACCUUAA